CAUCCCUUGGUGGCCGGACGAGAACGCUACUACUACUUCUUCUUCUUCUGCUGCUGCUGCUGGUGCUGCUUCUGCUUCGACCCUACUCGAAUCGACCGUUCCUCCCUUAGCGUUCUCUUUGCUUGUCGUUUAUUUCGGACACACAAAGAGACGCAGGAGGAACUAGGAUAGAAGUUAAAGACAGAGGGAGUGAAAGAGAGAGAGAGGGAAGAAUAAAAAAGACUUCCAAUAAUUCAUCUUUUGAUUUAACGAAAUGGAAGGCAAGAAGGUCGAACAGUAUUACAGUCCACCGCCAAAGCUCGGUAAAUGGGAAGGCUUCAGAGUCUUUCUAUGGAAUUCGGAAACAGGACAAUUUCUUGGACGUACCGGUGCAAGUUGGGCCAAGAUCCUUUUAUUCUACGUCCUAUUCUAUGCCGUACUGUGUGGUUUCUUCGCCGCCAUGUUGGCCGUCUUCUACCAGACGUUAGAUCCAAAGCAACCAAAAUGGCAAUUGAACAGUUCGUUGAUCGGUACCAACCCAGGAUUAGGUUUCAGGCCAAUGCCACCUGAGAGUAACGUCGAAAGUACUCUGAUCUGGUACAAAGCUAGCGACGAAGGUAACUUUCUUCAUUGGACCAAAGAAUUGGAUGCAUUUCUCGAAGAAUAUCACAAGUCUGGAACGUCUGGAGGCGAUACUGACCAACAAAGAGUCCGCUGUGAUUAUGGUAAACCUGCACCACCUGGUAAAGUUUGCGACGUUGAUAUGACCCAAUGGGGACAAUGUACGAAGGAGAAGAAAUAUGGUUUCAACAAAUCGGCACCUUGCAUCUUCCUCAAACUGAACAAGAUCUUUGGAUGGAUGCCAGAUUUUUAUAACGACACUAAAACUCUUCCAACUGGUAUGCCAACCGAUCUUCAAAAUCAUAUUAAAAAGGAAGAAAGUAGUCAAAGACUAGACACUGUCUGGGUAUCUUGUGCCGGAGAAAAUAGUGCUGAUAUUGAAAAUAUGGGUCCUAUUCAGUAUAUACCACGUCGUGGAUUUCCUGGAUAUUAUUUCCCAUUCACAAAUACACCGGGUUAUCUAAGCCCACUCGUUGCUGUCUUCUUUGAAAAGCCUAAAUACGGUGUAUUAAUCAACAUCGAGUGCAAGGCCUGGGCGCACAAUAUAAUACACGACAGAUUUGAAAGGCGUGGAUCGGUACAUUUCGAAUUGAUGGUGGAUUAAAUCUCUAUUGGUCAUGGCCUCUAAGAAGACUAUUACCAACAGCGUCCAAUAGUGAGAGAGAGAGAGAAAAAGAGAGAGAAAUACAAAAGAAAAAAUAGAGCGAGAGAGAGAGAGAGAAAGAAUGAGAAAGCGAGAGAGAACGAGAUAAAAGGCGAAAAAGUGAGAGAGAGAGAGAGAGAGAGGGAGAGAGAGAGAAAAAGAGAGAAAAUAGAAUAAGUAUUUAAUUUUAAAUCGAUUUCAUCGGCCCGUUUUACAAUACUAAACACGCAUCCUCUUUUCCUAUAUUUUAUUGUUUUAGAUCUUCUAAACGAGCCUCCUACCACCGUCCACAAAACUAAUCCCUGUUUCUCCUCGUUACACUGUCAUUGUGCCAUAUUCGUUGUUAUCUCUCACCGCCUAGUUACUUAUCACCGCCACCAUCUAUUUAUCUCACCAUCGUGUUCACGAAGGAUUCUAUCUCUUAAUAAUUCCAUCCUCUCUGUUUACGUGUAGAUCUAUCGGAUCGUUUCUUUACAAAAGAGAUCAAAGAAACGUUGCGAAAGAGGAAAAACGUUAUCAGAGAAUCUAUCAUCGCUCUAAAAACUGGAAUGCACAAAGAAAAAAGUAAGAAAGAUUAAAAAAAAAACCCAAAAAAAUAUCAAAAUAAAAAAAAGACAAAGCAAAAGAUCUCGCAGCGUUAUUCCUUUAUUAUUAAAAAAGAAAAGGAAAGAAAAAAAAAAAAAAGAGAGAACAAAAAAUUGACGAAGGGGUGUCCCUUUUUAUGUAUUGAAAAGAAACCAAUUUUUUAUCUUAUUAUUAUCAUUAUUAUUAUUAUUAUUAUUGUUAUUAUUAUUAUUUUUGAUUUGAUUUGUGGAAAAUUUGGAUUGGUUUUUUCUUCGUGAAUCAACACGUACAAAGGUAGACCUCGCGUUUAAAAAUUCACACGUUAAUGGCCAAAUAUAAUUCAACACUGUCUCAUUUGCUAUCUCUAUAUUAUUGCAACAAAAACAAAAAAAAAAGCUCCAACGAUCUGCUCCGUUUUUAAAGCUUGCGAAUCGAAUCGAAUUGAUAUGUAUAUAUACAUAUAUAUAUAUAUAUAUACACACACACACAUAUAUAUAUCUGUGUAUAAUAACGUGGCUACCUGUUGAGAUAUUAAAGAGACAUUAAAUCGAGCGAAGAUGUCCUGAAAAGUUGUGUCUCUCCAUGUGUUAAAAAAAUAUUUAUAAAUAUUAUCUAUAUAUAUAUAUAUAUAUAUAUGUAUAUAUAUAUGUAUAUAUAUAUAAACAAACACACAUACAUAUAUGUAUAUAAAUAUAUAUGUUCUUUGUUAUAUCGCGUUAAUUGUAUAGUUGUUAUCAAUCUGGCACUACUCUUAUCAUGCUAAAUAUAUAUAUGUAUAUAUAUUUAUAUAUAUAUAUAUAUAUACAUAUAUACAUAUGUAUCAAAGGAUAAUUUAUUAGAGAGCCAAAUGACAGUGAGAACGAAAGAAAUAAAAAAUGACACUUUCGAAUGUCUCAAUUUUUUUGUGGAUCCAACUUCAAUGACAAAAAUUCUCUUCUCUUUUUCGUCAUUAAAAUGUCACGCGUGCGUUCAAAUAAUACAACAACAAUAACAAUAACAACAAUAAUAUAUUAGAGGAAUAGCGAUGUGAUCUGAUAAUAUACGGAGUACAUUAACUUUCACUUGAGAUUAUAUUGCGUAUCACAUAAAAAAAAAAAAAAAAAAAAAAACUAUCUAUAUUGUUAGAGUCUCUAUGCAAAUGAUAUAAAAGAAAAAGAAAAAUAGGAAAAAGAAAAAAAAUGAAAAAAUCUUAGGGAUUGUGUGAAUCGUAGAAAAAAUUCGUAUUAUUAAAUUAAUAUCCGCUUAAGAGAAAGAGAGAGAGAAAGAGAGAGAGAGGAUAUCUUCGUUCGUUCCCCAAUAUCCAAGGACCGAAUAUGCGAAGAUCGAUAAAAGAAAAAAGAAAAAGAUUAAUAAAAAAAAAAAAAAAUAAAAAAUAAAAUAAAAUAAAAUACAAAACAAAUGAUUUCAACCGCUCGAUCGCAAGCUGAUAUAUAAAUAAGAUGUAUUCCUAUAAAUCUCGUAAAUAUUUAUAAAAAUUGUUUUAUGAUACUUAACGUACGAACAUAUAGUUAAGAAACGUUUCUCCUUCGUGUGUCUUUGUAGUUGAUAAUAAUUAGAAGAGGGAAAAGUGAGAAAAGAUUUAAAAAAAAAAGAUAUAUAAAAAAGAAAAAAGCGUGUGUGUGUGUGAGAGAAAGAGAGAAAGAGAGAGAGAGAGAGAGAGAAAGAGAAAGAGAUGAAUAAUACUUCGUUGUCCCGAAAGAAAUUCGUUUGUUCAUUUCGAACGAACAGAUCCACAUUAUUAUAUUAUAUCUCACUCUCAGCUUAUUUUUAAUCAGAUCUUUAUCUCGCUUUUUGUGUAAAUCUCUAUUACGCGUCCUGAUCUCGAUUCUGAGCUGAGAGUCGUGAUUCUAUUUAAUUAGAAUCACACCAACGACCGACGAGAAUCGAGAAACAGCAUAUUAUUGUAUUAUACAAAGAAAAAGAGAGAAAGAGAAAG